AUCACUCUCCCUUGUCUCUUUCUCUCUCUCCUCCUAAAUAUCUUGCCAAAACCACACAUAAUCAAGAAACCCCAUGAAAUAAAGAGAGAAAGAAAGAAGCAGAAGAAGAAGAACAAAGAUAUGCAGAAAUAUAGAUCGAUGCCUUCUUCUUUUUCUUCUUCUUCUUCUCAUGACCUAAUCCUACACCGCAUGUCUGCUUAACCUGUACAAUCAUCAAAAUUCCACAGAAUCAGUGAAAAAAAAAACAAACCUAGUCCCCCUCAUAUAUCUGAAAAAUCAUAGAAAUGAGUCUUGAAGACUCAUUUAAGUCUCUUUCUCUAGAUUACUUGAACUUACUCAUAAACGGUCAAGCUUUCAGUGAUGUAACUUUCAGUGUAGAAGGUAGACUUGUUCAUGCACAUCGGUGUAUUUUAGCAGCAAGAAGUUUAUUUUUCAGGAAAUUCUUUUGUGGACAAGACUCAUCAUCAUCACCAUCAUCACCAUCAGCUGGAGGAGGACUAUCAGAUAAUAAUAUUAAUAAAUCUGGUUGUUCACCAUCUUCAUCAUCAUCAGCAAAUAAUAAUAUUAGGGCAGGUAAUUCAACACAGCAACAAGUAGUCAUACCAGUGAAUUCAGUUGGCUAUGAAGUAUUUUUGUUAAUGUUACAGUACUUAUAUAGUGGUCAAGUUUCAAUUGUUCCUCAAAAACAUGAACCAAGAACUAACUGUGGUGAAAGAGGUUGUUGGCAUACACAUUGUACUUCAGCCGUCGAUCUUGCUCUUGAUACUCUCUCUGCCGCUAGAUCUUUUGGUGUUGAACAACUUACAUUGCUUACUCAGAAGCAAUUGGCAAGCAUGGUAGAGAAAGCUUCAAUUGAGGAUGUUAUGAAAGUUUUAAUAGCAUCCAGAAAACAAGACAUGCAUCAACUUUGGACCACAUGUUCACAUUUAGUAGCCAAGUCAGGUCUCCCGCCUGAAGUUCUAGCUAAACACCUGCCCAUGGACGUAGUUGCGAAGAUCGAUGAGCUUCGCUUGAAAUCUCCAAUUGCUCGCCGCUCUCCUUUCAGCUCCCAUCACCAGCACCAGUAUGAAUUAGCUGCCGCAGCUGAUCUCGAAGAUCAAAAAAUACGACGCAUGCGACGAGCCCUAGAUUCAUCCGAUGUGGAACUUGUUAAGUUAAUGGUGAUGGGUGAAGGCUUAAAUCUUGAUGAAGCGCUCGCAUUACAUUAUGCAGUUGAAAAUUGUACUAGAGAAGUUGUUAAAGCUUUACUUGAACUUGGUGCGGCUGAUGUAAAUUACCAAGCAGGUCCAGCUGGUAAAACUCCCUUGCAUUUAGCAGCUGAAAUGGUUUGCCCUGACAUGGUUGCUGUUUUGCUUGAUCAUCAUGCUGAUCCGAAUGUUCGAACCAUCGAAGGGAUUACUCCAUUAGAUAUCCUUCGAACACUUACUUCGGAUUUCCUUUUUAAAGGUGUUGUUCCCGGGCUAUCUCACAUUGAACCUAACAAGCUCAGGCUUUGUCUCGAACUCGUUCAGUCCGCAGCUCUUGUUCUAUCCCGCGAAGACGGUAAUGGUGGUGUUAGCGGUGGGAAUGCUUCUUCAAAUACUCAAAUUUAUCCGCACAGCAGGAAUACCGAUUUGAAUAGCAAUGGUAGUGGAAGUAACAACAACAACAGCAGCAACUUUAGCUUAGGUCUUGACUCGAGAUUAGUUUAUUUGAACCUUGGUGCAGCAGCUCAGUUAGGUUGUAAAAUGGAUGGGAAUGAAGAUCAUGAUCAUCAUCAGAAUCAAAGAGGUAAUGUUGUCAAUAGACAUGGGUCUUCUUCUUCACAAGGUGGUAAUUGUAGUCAUGAUCAUCAGCAUCCAUCUAUGUAUCACUCUCAUGACUUCUAGUUUUAGCUAUUAAUUCAUAUAUUAUAUAUAUAUUGAAUGAAAACAUCCAAAGGGCCAAGUACAAUGCUUAUAUAUGGUCUGGUAACUGGUUUAUCCUUUUUGGCUUCCAACAAAAUAGAAUAUAUAAAUAGGUUAUCAUUUCUGAUGAUCCAUAUUUUUCUUUGUGUC